AGAAAAUGGCCAAAACGAAGAAUCCACUGGUAUUCCUAGAUGUAUCGAUUGAUGGAGAUCCUGCUGAGAGAAUGAUAUUUGAGCUUUUCUAUGACGUGGUUCCAAAGACGGCAGAAAAUUUUCGAGCACUUUGUACAGGUGAAAAGGGAAUUGGAAAAACAACUGGAAAGCCUCUUCAUUACAAAGGAUCAAUUUUCCACCGAAUUAUUAAAGGUUUUAUGGCUCAGCAAGUGAUGGCCAUUGUCCUUCAGUCAGUUACCGUUGUUUAUGCUGUAGGAUACAGGGCUGAUGGUCACGACUGCUUUUCUUGUGAUGUAGAUUUUAAGGGUGGUGAUUUUACCAAACGUGGUGGUACUGGUGGAGAGAGCAUAUAUGGGGGGAAGUUUGCAGAUGAGUCCUUCAAGCUUACACAUGAUGGACCAGGUCUUCUAUCCAUGGCAAAUGCUGGUCCCAGUACCAAUGGUUCUCAGUUCUUCAUCACCUUCAAGUCUGCAUGCAAUCUUGAUGGGAAGCAUGUUGUCUUUGGGAAGCUUUUGCAAGGACAUGAUACAUUGAAGAAGAUUGAAAGCAUGGGUACUGAACAAGGAAAACCUACUGCUUCAGUUAAAAUUGUUAAUUGUGGUGAAUUAUGUGAAGUUAAGAAGAAAUCAACUAAAUUAAAAGCAAGAAAGGGUGCUUAUUGUGAUUCUGAUAGUUAUGAAGCAAGGCGACGGGGAAAAGACAAGAAAUCUUCAAAAGAGAGUAGGAAAAAAAGAAGAAAAUACUACACAUCUGAGUCAGAUACUUCUUCGGACACCGACACUGAAUCAUCACAGUUUGACAGUGACUCUGAUUCAUAUUCUUCCUCAUCUUCUUACCUUAGUUCUUCAAGUGAUGACAGGCGCAGGAGGAGAAAGAGAUCUUCCAGGGGGAACAAGUAUAGGUGUGGAAAAAGGAAAAGGGACCGACGCCAUGACAAGAAACGCACGAGGCAUGAUAAGAGAUCAAGACGCAAAUCAAGAAGGAUGCUGGAAAGUACAAGUGAUAGUGGGACUGGAAGUACAAGUGACUCUAGCUUAGAGGACAGAGUUGAUUCUCCUAGGCCAGAUCGGAAUUCUAAAAUCUCUUCCCGGAUUUCUGCUGGAGUAGAAUCUCCAUCAAUCAAGGAGGUUGUAACUGUUCCUUGGCAAAAGAAAGGAGAUUCUACAGAUAUGGUUGACCAAGAAAUUGGAUCCCCAAGGGAAAAUGGAGAGCUGCGGAGCAAUGGAGUUGAAACUAAGACUGACAGCAGCUCAGGGAGGCAGCCGGAUGUUGUAGAUGGUCACCCAAGCAAAUCUAGGAGCAGAAGCAUGAGUCCUAAAAGGGCCAUGAGUAAGAGUAUGAGUGUUAGUCCUCAGAGGAGUUUGAGCAAGAGCCCAAGUGUAAGCCCCAAAAUAAGCAAAAGCAGGAGACUGACGCCAAGUGGUGUUAGAAGCUCCCUACGGACAUCACAGCAGAGCAGAAGUAUUAGCAGAAGCCCAGCUAGAAGUAGUAGCAGCAGGAGCCCAGUUAGAAGUUUGGGUAGCAGAAGUCCAGUGAGGGUUAAAUCUCGAGGAAGUAUUAGCAGGAGUCCUGCAAAACCUCGGCCACAAAGAAGUGUGAGCAGAAGCUCGGUGAGGUCUCUUUCACGGAGCAGAAGCCCAGCUGGAGCAGCUCGGAGCAGUUUGAGCAGAAGCCCUGUAAGGGCCCGGAGGAGCAUAAGCAGAAGCCCAGUUGGAGGGAGAAGCAUUAGCAGAAGUCCGGUUAGAGGUGUCUCACGAAGAAGCAUUAGCAGAAAUCCGGUUAGAGGUGUCUCACGAAGAAGCAUUAGUAAAAGUCCGGUUAGAGGUGUCUCACGAAGAAGCAUUAGCAGAAGUCCAGUAAGGGCACCUAGUCGAAAUAACCGCCACAGCUAUUCAAGGAGCCCUGUACGUGGAAAGAGUGUGUCAAGAAGUGCUUCUCCAGAUGAAUCUCCUAAGCGCAUACGAAGGGGCCGGGGUUUUAGCCAGCAGUAUUCUUAUGCACGGCGGUAUCGGACUCCAUCUCCAGAUCGUUCUCCUGUAAGAUAUCGUUACAGUGGGAGAAGUGACCGUAACAGAUACUCAAGUUACAGAAGCUACUCUGAUCGUUCUUCGUGGCGUUAUAGGAGCCCGCCAAGAGGCAGAACUCCUCCAAGAUACAGAAGCAGAAGAAGUCGGACAUGGAGUCGAAGUUUAUCACGUAGCCCAAUCAGCUACUGAAGCCGGGGUAGAGGUCGUAGCCCACUGCGUAGCCAUUCACCUGUUGAGAAAUCUAGGUUCCGUGGAUCACCGAUACGAGCAAAGAAGCAGAGCUCAUUUUCUAGGAGCAGAAGCCUAUCAGAGUCGAGGUCCCCAUUGGUCUCACCAUCUCCCAAAAGGACGAGCAAAGAAAAGUUGAAGUCUACUUCUGUCAGUCCUGAUGGGAAGAAGGGCCUUGUUUCAUAUGGAGAUGGGUCACCUGAUUCGGGGCAAAGGUAGGAAUGCAUCGAUACUUGUCUAGUAAUUAUUUAGAGGAAUUGAAGCAUGUAUGUCUUAUAGGAUUCUGGAUUUUUUCCUCCAUUUUGCUUAGGACCUUUAGGUUUUGGUUGGUUUCUGAUCGAAUUUUCUUAUGUUCUAGAAUAAUUAGUGGCAUGUUAAAUACAAAUUUA